AGAAAUUCUUUUGGGCUUCUCUCACACGCCAACAACAACAACAACUACACCAUCUCAAAAUCAAACAAAGGCAGAAGAGAGAAGAGAGGAAGAAAAUAGAGAAAAGAAAAACCUUCGUGCCCGCCAAACGCAAUUUCCCAAAAGGAAAAACCCUUUCGCGCUCUCUCCUCCCAAAUGACACAACCAUCAGCGCCUCCGCCUCCUCCUCCGCCGCUGGCGCCACCGCCACCGACAACUCCGCCGCCACCUCAGCAGACCGAGAGCGUCCGCGUCCGCUGCGCCGGCUGCCGAAUGAUCCUCACAGUCGCGCCUGGCCUCACGGAGUUCGCCUGCCCUACCUGCCGAAUGCCGCAGAUGCUUCCGCCGGAGCUCAUGCCUAGGGAGCGCGCCGCCGCACCAAAUGCGCUUACACCGGUGCCUCCGACGUCCGCUCCGCCGUCGCAGCCUCCGCACGCGCCUGCACACGGCAUUGAUCCCACUAAGAUCCAGCUUCCCUGCGCUUCUUGUAAAGCCAUCCUCAACGUUCCUCACGGCCUCGCGCGCUUCGCUUGCCCUCAGUGCAACGUUGACCUAGCCGUCGAUGUCUCCAAGGUGAAACAGUUCUUCCCCGCCGCUCCUCCGCCGGAAGAAGUUAACGAGGUUGCUGUUGAAGUGGAGCGAGAUGAGGACGAAGGUGGCAUGGUUGGAGAAACAUUUACAGACUAUCGACCACCAAAAGUAUCUAUUGGACCUCCACACCCAGAUCCUGUUGUGGAGACAUCUUCCUUGUCUGCAGUGCAGCCGCCUGAGCCAACUUAUGAUCCAAAAAUUAGAGAUGAUUUGGAGAGUUCAAAGACUUUAUCUUGCUUGCAAAUUGAGACAUUGGUCUAUGCUUGUCAGAGACACCUUCAACAUCUCCCAAAUGGUGCUAGGGCAGGAUUCUUUGUUGGAGAUGGAGCGGGUGUUGGUAAAGGUCGAACAAUUGCAGGGCUAAUUUGGGAGAACUGGCAUCAUGGAAGGAGGAAAGCUUUGUGGAUUUCUGUUGGUUCAGACUUGAAGUUUGAUGCUAGAAGAGACUUGGAUGAUGUGGGUGCAACAUGUGUUGAAGUGCAUGCUUUGAACAAACUGCCUUAUUCUAAGCUUGAUUCAAAGUCUGUUGGGAUCAGGGAGGGAGUUGUUUUCUCGACGUACAAUAGUCUCAUAGCCUCUUCUGAGAAAGGUCGUACUCGUCUCCAGCAGCUUGUACAGUGGUGUGGACCAGGGUUUGACGGUCUUAUAAUUUUUGACGAGUGUCAUAAAGCAAAAAAUUUGGUCCCUGAAGCUGGCAGUCAACCAACCCGAACUGGAGAGGCGGUGCUUGAUAUCCAGGACCGACUGCCUGAAGCUCGUGUUGUUUAUUGCUCAGCAACUGGAGCUUCUGAACCUCGCAACCUGGGUUAUAUGGUUCGGCUUGGUCUUUGGGGAGAUGGGACGUCCUUCUUAGAUUUUCGUGAAUUUUUAGGUGCUUUGGACAGAGGGGGUGUUGGAGCUCUUGAAUUAGUUGCCAUGGACAUGAAAGCAAGGGGUAUGUAUUUAUGUCGGACGCUUAGCUAUGAAGGUGCAGAGUUUGAAGUAAUUGAAGCACCUUUAGAAGAGAAAAUGAUGGAAAUAUAUAAAAAGGCAGCAGAAUUUUGGGCUGAAUUACGAGUAGAAUUGCUGUCAGCCAGUGCCUUCCUAAAUGAUAAACCUAAUUCUAGUCAACUAUGGCGCUUAUACUGGGCAAGCCAUCAGCGUUUCUUUAGGCACCUAUGUAUGUCUGCUAAAGUCCCUGCUGCUCUUAGACUAGCGAAGGAAGCAUUAGCUCAAGAAAAAUGUGUAGUCAUUGGUCUUCAGAGCACCGGAGAAGCUAGGACAGAGGAAGCUGUGACAAAAUAUGGUUCUGAACUUGAUGACUUUGUUUCUGGACCUCGAGAAUUGCUGCUUAAAUUUGUGGAAGAAAAUUACCCUUUACCAGAAAAACCUGAACUUCUCCCAGGAGAAGAUGGGGUAAAAGAACUCCAAAGGAAGAGGCACUCUGCAACUCCUGGUGUUUCAGUAAAAGGCAGGGUCAGAAAAGUAGCCAAGUGGCAACCUCCUAGUGAUGCUGAAAGUGAUGAAGAAUCUGAAACUGACUCUGGUGUUGAGUCUACUGACUCUGAUGAUGAGUUUCAAAUAUGUGAAAUUUGUACUACUGAGGAGGAAAGGAAAAAAUUGCUACAAUGUUCUUGCUGCGGUAAACUAGUCCAUUCCACAUGCUUGAUGCCACCAAUUGGUGAUGUAGUUCCUGAAGAGUGGUCAUGCCAUUUGUGUAAGGAAAAAACAGAUGAAUAUCUCCUAGCAAGACAGGCCUACAUAGCUGAACUUCAAAAGAGGUAUGAUGCAGCCUUGGAACGCAAGACAAAAAUAUCAGAGAUAAUUCGGUCUUUGGAUCUUCCAAAUAAUCCUUUGGAUGAUAUUGUUGAUCAGCUAGGAGGACCUGACAAAGUUGCAGAAAUGACAGGAAGGAGAGGCAUGCUUGUGAGGGCUGCUACGGGCAAGGGUGUAACUUAUCAGGCUCGUAAUACAAAAGAUGUGACCAUGGAAAUGGUUAAUAUGCAUGAAAAGCAGCUCUUUAUGGAUGGUAAAAAGUUGGUUGCUAUUAUCUCUGAGGCAGGAUCUGCUGGUGUUUCAUUGCAGGCUGAUAGACGAGCUGCAAAUCAGAAAAGAAGGGUUCAUUUAACCCUGGAACUUCCAUGGAGUGCUGACCGUGCAAUUCAACAGUUUGGAAGAACGCAUCGAUCAAAUCAAGCUUCCGCACCAGAAUACAGGAUACUCUUCACAAAUCUUGGUGGAGAACGAAGAUUUGCAUCAAUUGUUGCCAAAAGAUUAGAAUCUCUUGGUGCUUUGACUCAGGGUGACCGCAGGGCUGGACCUUCAUUAAGUGCUUAUAAUUAUGAUAGUGCCUAUGGAAAAAGGGCUCUGAUGAUUAUGUACAAAGGAAUAAUGGAGCAGGAUUCUCUGCCUGUGGUACCUCCGGGAUGUUCAUCUGACAAACCAGAUACAGUUCAUGAUUUUAUUGUGCAAGCAAAAGCUGCUCUUGUAUCUGUUGGAAUAGUAAGGGACACAGUCCUUGGUAAUGGUAAAGAUCUUGGAAGAUUAUCUGGUCGCAUUAUUGAUUCGGAUAUGCAUGAAGUUGGGCGGUUCCUCAACAGGAUUUUGGGACUACCUCCUGAUAUUCAGAAUGGGUUAUUUGAGUUAUUUGUUAGUAUCUUGGAUCUUCUUGUUCGGAAUGCUCGCAUUGAAGGUAACCUUGAUUCCGGCAUUGUUGACUUGAAAGCUAAUGUAAUUGAAUUACAAGGGACUCCAAAGACCGUUCAUGUUGAUCAAUUGACUGGGGCCUCAACAGUUUUGUUUACAUUCAUCUUAGAUCGUGGGAUCACAUGGGAGUUGGCAAAUACAAUGCUGAAUGAAAAGCAGAGGGAUGGGCUUGGUUCAGCCAAUGAUGGCUUCUACGAGUCCAAGAGGGAGUGGUUGGGAAGACGCCAUUUCAUUUUAGCAUUUGAAAGUUCUGCUUCGGGUAUGUAUAAAAUAGUUCGACCUCCUGUCGGAGAAUCAAACAGGGAGAUGCCUCUGUCUGAAUUAAAAAGUAAAUAUAGAAAAAUUUCGUCUUUAGAGAAGGCUCAGUCUGGUUGGGAAGAGGAAUAUGAAGUUUCAUCCAAACAGUGUAUGCACGGUCCCAAUUGUAAGAUUGGCAACUUUUGUACAGUUGGUAGAAGACUACAGGAAGUGAAUGUCUUGGGUGGCCUCAUCCUUCCUGUGUGGGGAGCCGUAGAAAAGGCCCUUUCAAAACAGGCCCGUCUAAGCCAUAGGAGGUUACGCGUUGUACGCAUUGAAACUACUGUGGACACCCAACGUAUUGUUGGGCUUCUUGUUCCUAAUGCAGCAGUGGAAACUGUGCUUCAAGAUUUAGCAUGGGUUCAAGAAAUUGAUGAUUGACAGACAUGUGACAGUAGGAUGUGCUCGACUUUUUUUUUGCGAAGUUUGAAUUUCGGUACCACCUUUUGGCAGUUGCUUGCGCUACCACUGAUAUUUGGUUUCUUCAAAUGUCGACAAGCAAUUAUUUUUUUUGGAAAAGGCUCUACAUUGACGCAGAAUUUUUUUGAGGGGAAGGACUCAAUCUCUUCGGCCCGCAACACAAUUGUGCAGUCUCAUUUUUAGUAUUAUUUUGUCACCCAUUUAGGGAUGUAAUUCGAUUUUGUAUAUUUGUAAAGAUGAUUUACUGAAAAAGCGAAACAGUAGAUAGCUAGGUUGUAUCACAUAUAGUCCAGUCAAUCUGAACUAGUUUGUAUCAGAUAUCCCGAAUGAUUACUGAAAUCAUAGUUGAAGUAAAUAUUCCUUUUGAGCAA